CCUCUCCGCCGCUCAGAGCAGCAGCUGCCACGGCUCCACACACUUCCUGCUCCAAGGCACUUUUACAGUCCCGAAGACGAGGACAGGAUGAGGAACAGAGAUGUUUGGGAGGGAACGUGACUCCUCAGGCUUCACUAAAGGACUCUAAGAUGACAUAAACUAAGGACUCACCUGGAACUCUAUCCUUGUGUGUUUGCUUUGUUCCGUGUCUUUGUUUGCUUUGCUUUUUCUCUGUAUUUUUUGUCGAGUGUCAUUUGGAGAAGUGUUUUUUUUUUCUACUACAGAAUUGUUAAUUUAUAACACUACUGUCCUGAAAAACUUAAUUUUUGUCACUCCUCCGGUCCGUGUCGUGCGUCUCCCAGAGGUUUCAGAUAGCAAUAGAAGUUUCAAAGGUCUUGAAAGCUUCACUUAUCGUCUCCUUUGGACAUUCAUCACACUGCAGGCUGCACUUGUAAUGCAACAUACUUUAAAGAAUCGCUGCACAUUACUUUGAUGAUCCUGGCCUCCUUUCGUAGAGAAGGUGUGUUUUGGAUUUUGUCUUAUUCAGGCUUUAUUGAUGUAUGAUUUCCUCCUUUUAAGAGGUUUAGUUUUGUUCCUUUUGUGUGAUUAUUUAAAGCAUACUGGUUAACUGCUCUGCUGCCUUGAUUUUCUAUAAGAAAUGGCAGCUUUAAAACGAAAUGUAAACCUUUUUAAACUUAUGCAAUUACGUUUUAAUGAUCUCUGUGUCUAAGCCACAGAUUUUUGCAGGAAAGUGUAGAAGCUGACACCUGUUCAUAUCAAACUGUGAUUUUGUUUUGUUUUUUCCAUCUUCACUGGAUUAUUUCUGGAAACAAAUGUCUCUUUAUACUUAAAGAAGUUAACUGUUCAAAUGAAGACCCAAUCAGGAAAGGACUCACUAAAACAGAAGGUUUUUAUUGUUUUUUGCCAAUUUACAUGAAGAAUGAAUUUAAGUGAUUUCAGGGAUGAAGUUCUUUUCAGAUAUUUUUUAAUUUUUCUUUGCAAAUCCUGAAGACCCGGUCGCUCACUAAGCUCCUGAUUGCAGAGGCUUGUACUGUUUGCUUGCUCAGACUGGCAGACAUCUUCCACUGUAAAAGCCAAGAUGCGUUCCCCAGAACCCUGCUCCCCUUCUCCAGAAGAAGCCCUCCUUCAUGGUCAGUUUGCCAGCUGGGGAUCUGGCAGUAACAACAACAAUAGCAGCGGCAGCUGCCCCGACAGCCCAGGAGGCUCAGGAAGCCUCUCCCCCACCACCUCUCCAGCUUCAUCGUCUAACUACGCUUUGACCCUCACCCACACCCACAUCCACAUCCAGCGCCUCUCGCCACGGCCCACAAAGGAAUCCCGUCUCCUGCUCCCUCUGUCUGAACUGGUCGGUUGCAGCUGUCCUCGUUCUCCUGCACCGCCGCUGCUCGUGCUCUACUGGUACCCUCCAGGCAAACGAAGGAAGGGAGUGUCCAGACGCAGGCAGGUGAAGGCAUACCUGGCAGAAAGCAGGCCUGAAGCUGAGAGGUGGUCGGCUGCUGUUCAGUGUUUGCUCAGAGAAGUGCCCGUCACUGCUUACACAGAGUUUUCAAGAAGUCUGCUACCUCGACCCAGGCGACUACUGUUAUUGGUCAAUCCCUUCAGCGGAAGAGGCCAAGCAAUGCAAUGGUGUCAGACCCACAUCCUGCCAAUGAUUAGAGAGGCCAACAUCAGCUACAACCUCAUACAGACAGAACGUCAGAACCAUGCAAGAGAGCUGAUCAGAGAGAUACCGCUCUCAGAAUGGGACGGCAUCAUCAUUGUUUCCGGAGAUGGCCUGCUGCAUGAGGUUAUUAACGGACUGAUGGAGCGUCCAGACUGGGAACAAGCAAUAAAAACUCCUGUUGGGAUUCUGCCCUGUGGCUCUGGAAAUGCACUGGCUGGCUCAAUCAACCAUUAUGCAGGGUAUGACAUGUGCCUUCGAGAGCCGCUUCUCUUGAACUGCUGCUUCUUGCUCUGUCGAGGCGGAGUGCGACCCAUGGACCUGGUGUCUGUCACAACAAGCCCUCUUCCAUCCAAAAACAGCCAUGCUGCAGCUCCUAGGAGACUGUUCUCCUUCCUCUCUGUGGCCUGGGGUUUUGUUUCUGAUGUCGACAUCGAAAGUGAGAGGUAUCGUGGCUUGGGCUCGGCCCGCUUCACUUUGGGCACCUUGGUGCGCAUAGCUUCUCUUCGAUCGUACAAAGGCCGUUUAUCUUACCUUCCUCCUUCUGUUGUUACCACAUCUUCAAAUGGGACACCUCCACCUAGACGACCCCUCUCCCGCAGCAUUACAGAGGGACUGGAGGGCUUCUGUAAAAUGCCUAUCCAUCGCACCUGCUCCGAUAUGGGCAUCAGUGAGCAGAGGAGCCUUCUGCGCAGGGGUGAUGGUGAGAGGGAAAAAGAGGAGAGACAGAGAGAGAGGACAAGGAGAAGACAGAGGGGGAGAGGAAAAGGAGCAGGUGUGGUGAGAGCUAGCAGUUUAGCGGAAGACAGAGAAAGGGAGGGGCAGAUGGAGAUGGAGGCAGAAGAGGAGAAGUCUGGAACCUGUUCAGAGAAGUCCGGAACAAGUUCAGAGUCAACCGAAAGGGAUGAAGCCAGUAUGGGAAGAGACGAAAGGUUGGCAGGGAUUAAGGAUGAAAGGGAAGAUGAGGAAACAUCGGAGCAAGACUCUUGUGAAAUGUUGGAGGUUGACGAUGGGGGGGAUGAGGAAGGUAGUGGUGGUUCCCUAGAGGCAGAUGGAGUGUUGCGUGCGAGGGAAUUGGGGGAUAGUUAUGGGUUGGACAUGGGGAGAGAGGCACAAGAAGAGCCUGGAGAUGUCACUGCUUGCCAGGAUGGUCCUCAGAAAGCCAGAGAGAUGGUAAGAAAGAACUCUGCUCCUUCAAGCCAGAUAGCAGAGACUCUGCUGAGCCAGCCUCUCAGUCAAGAAGCCAGCAGAGAUUCUGGCAUCUCAUACGGCAUGGAGGACAUGGAUCUGAAUGAAACCUACUUCCAGAAACAGUCUUACCCUCUGGAUGUGGCUCGUGAGCGAUCGCUCACCAUCUCCUCUCCCUUCCGUCACAAUCCCUUCUCCUACAAGCAGAAAGCUCUGGACCAAAACCAUAAUGCCUCCCGUCCAAGACCCCACUCUCUCCUCCAGCACUCCAGCUCCAAUUCCCUUCCCCCUAAAAUGACUCCCCCCUCUUUUUCUCCCACACCACCAUCGUCUCCAUCCUGUGCGUCCCCGCACUCAUCGUCCUACCUCGCCCCCCGUCCAAACACCCCUAAUUCGACCCUGAGCUCUCCCUCGUUCCGUACGCCGUCCUCGUCUUUUGACUUUGACAUGACCGAACCAGCAGGUUCUCUAAAGAACCGUCCGUUUUUCACGCUGCCUUUUGAUAUACCGAGAGACGACUUGUUGCCGCCUCUUGAUCAACCCCUCCCCACCAGAGACUGGGUCACCAUUGAAGGGGAUUUUGUCCUAGUCUUGGCCCUUUAUCAGUCCCACCUUGGGGCUGAUCUUCAUGCUGCACCUCAGGCCAGAUUUGAUGAUGGCCUGAUCCACCUGACUUUUGUCCGGGCAGGCAUCUCCAGAGCCACCCUACUCAGACUGUUCUUUGCCAUGGAAAAAGGAACCCACCACACUGUCAGCUCGCCAUACGUGAGCCACGUAACCUGCAAGGCCUUCAGGCUGCAGCCGCUGUCUACACGGGGAACACUAACUGUGGAUGGGGAACUUGUGCCCUAUGGUCCGCUCCAAGCGCAGGUUCAUCCCGCCAUGGCCCGUCUCAUUGUUGGAGACACUGGUGUCAAAAUUACCAGACUUUGAUAAGGGAUUAUUAAGCUUAUAUCUAUCCACAUAUCAAUACUCUAAUGAAUUAUCUCUGUUGCCAUUAUGCCCACAAAGAGAGAACCAUACAGUGGGCUGUUUGAGACACUAAUCUUAUUUGCAAGAAUCAGAUUUUGUAGGGAAUAAUGAAAGGGAUGAUGGCGGGGAUUAAUACUAAAUUGAAGAAAACUUUUUUUUUUUUUUUAUACAGAUGAUUUUAAAAAUGCGCUUUGUUGCACAGGUGUUGGAUCACGUUAGGAAGGGGAAGGGGAGCUGCACAGUCUAGAUAAAAAGAAGGAAUAACAAUACUAAUUGAAUGUUUUUGGGGUUUUUGGAGCUGAUGCAUGAGUUGAAUGUGUACAAUGUAUGCAUGCAGAGAAGCAUUAACUAGGUAUUGCCUUACACUUAGACAAUGAGAAAUAAAGUUAAUAUUCAAGAUAAAACAGUUCUGGAGCAGAAAAAAAAUUCUGCGAUACUUUAAUCUGCAAUUCUUUCUGGACUCUCGCCUCCACAUGUUUGGCAAUUAAAACACAAAAACUUUUUCUCCUUAAAGUAAUGCCGUAUCUGUCAGUGCACAGCUCAGAUGCACUUGUGUUAAUUCUCUUAUAUAUUAAGUCUAAACAGUGAUAGAGAGAUUUCAGGAUUUUUUAAGUAAUAUGUUAAAAGGCUAUAAGCAUUUUAACUCUUAACAUGUUUUUGACAAAUCCUCUAGUUUCUUUUAUAUGGAUAAAGUCGAUUUGGUCUCUGAGGCUAAAACUGGAGCUCCAAUCAGAGCCUGUUUCAAAGUGGACUUCUACUGGGUGGAAAAAGCUCAGACUAAAGAAUAUAAUGAAUAAAAACAAGAAAGCUCUUUUAACUGUCAUAAGGUUUACUUUAGACUGUUGUAUAGACAGAAAGGCAUGGUUAAAAACACAUGAGAUUGGGGUCAAAGAUGGUGUGCUAUCAAUUUAUUCCUUUUUCACGACAACUAAAACAUUUCUGAUCAGAGAAACUUUCCUAAAUAAAUCAAGAGGGGGUUCAAAAAUUUAUGAGAGUGCUUUAAGUUAAGGUUAUUUCUGGGAUUUACACCAUGUGGAUUAUAUCUGUCAAGGUUCUGUUCCAAGAUCAUGUUUCAUGCUGGAAAAUUAUUUAGGAUGCACCAUCUUAUGUAUUUUUUUUUUUGUAAUUGGAGGUUUUUGUCCAGAUAGCUUUUCAAAGCAAACCUGGUAUUAGUUGAUAGGUUUUGUGAAACAAAAAACUUAAACAUCUUUGUAAUCUGAGAUUUUCAGAAAGUCCACUUUGAUCUUGGCUGAUCUUGGGCUUCCCAUUCGCCUCAGCCCUUAGGCCUGACUAAUCUAGCUUUAUGCUAAAUCAGGAUACUAGUUGCCCACUGCUUGGUAUAUAUUGACAGUUAAUGAAAAGAAAACGCAACAAACAAAUCCUUUAAUCAGUCCAACUAGGAAAUAACUUCAAGAUAAAGUAUUAAAAUAAUACUUAAUCAUUCCAGUUUUACUAAUCUCCUUCUUCCCAAUGUUAUUUUUUUAAACACUCUCUAAUUAGUCAACAGUAGAAAAAAUGUCUAAACCUAUCAAACUCUUAAGUAUGUCGGUUUUAAGCUACAAAAAAAGACAAAAAGACUUUUCUGGAUUGUUUGCUAACCCUUACUGACACUUGCGUUCUGCCUGCUUGUUUUAGCCAGUGGAUGCACGCUGCUGCUGAUGUCAGUGAUACUGGUGUUUGCAACAUGUUGAACAUAGAAAUGCCUGAACAAAGCUAGCUGAUUUCUCACUGCUUUUAGCCACUUUGUUAUUGAAACAUAAUCAUUGCCUUAGGCCUCAGCUUUAAGAACAAGUGGAAGAAAGCGUAGUUGGAUGAGAUGCCUCAGUUGAUUCAGCAAUGCUGCACAGAAAGUGAAUUUUGAAGCAUUAAAUUACGAUGCAUAGAAACUAUUCAAUACAACCAAGUAAAAAGUAAAAAACAAAAAAUAGAAUACCUUGCCAUGUACAGAAAUGAUGAACCAAGUCACAUUGCUUUAUAAAUUGUUGGAUUUUGAAAACUUAAAGGUAUGAAAGGUAUAACUGACAAUUUAAAAAACAUAAGAGACUAAAAAGAAGACAACACUAAAAUAAAGCAAGGAUAUAUUGUUGGAUCAAAUGAUUGAUUAUGUGGGGAAAUGGGUUUAAAAUACCAGCUUGAACUUGAAGAAAUAAACCAGCUGCAGAAAGAGGCUGUUAGAUUACUGUCUUUUACAGUUAAAACUUGCUGAAAAGUAUAGUUUUUGAGCUAAUUAAUUCAAAUGAAACAGUUUUUGAGCCUGAAUUGUCUUAUAGAACUCAGUUUUCUUACUGUAGAACCUGCUGCCUCGUCUGAAGAUGAAUCAUUAGCAUGUGCAAUAUGUCAAUCAGAAGAUGUGCCAACUGCAACGAUCUCCAUCAGCAUACUGUAUUUUUUUAAUCAAUGCCUUUGUAUAAAAAAAAAGCUUGUAAUUACUGCUGUUGAAAAUGACCUGUUUGCUUACCAGGAAGUUUAUUCUCCACCUUUGAGUGCACAAUGCCAGUAGUCCAGUACAGUUUUUACACUAUGCUUUCAUAUUUACAGAAUGGGAGUACAACAUUUUGAGUUUAAGCUUUUGCUAUCACUAAAUAGGAAAAAAUAGACACAGUUUGAACAGAAAUAUGCCAAAUUGUCUACUCACAAUGUUGUGGAGCCUAGUUUUGAUGGUUUACUUUUUUGGGGGCAACAGCUUCGUCUGUGGCCAUAGCUGGGACCAUGGUGUUUUCUAGACCAAGUUGAUAGGACAUUGCUGCAGUGCAACUCCUGAGUUGAUAAUGCCAUAAAAUUGUCUUUAAUGGGCUGCUUGGAAUGAAAUAGUAAUAUUACUAAAUUAAUCGAAAUGUGUGCGUAUUGAGUGUACAGAUAAUGGUUAUAAAUUGUUUCAAAUAAAU